AUGGCAGAAAGAGAAAUAAAUCCAAUAGACUUUGCACAGGAGAGGGCAAAAGAGAUUCAGCUCAUUGAAGCUGCCAUCGAGACCAAUAGAAAGAAGUCGAUGAUGUUCCAGCGGCUGCCUUUCUAUCUUAGAAGGAGGCUCAGAAGCCAUGAAAAGCGCAUGAAGAAGAAGAAGCGCCCGAGAAAAAAAGACAGGCAUGGCUUGAGGACACAUGUGUGGUAUGCAAAAAGAUUCGAGAUGGUGAAGACCUGGAAGACGUCCGUUCCGUUGAGGAGACGAAUGAAAAGUAGCAAGUUUAUAUACAAGUCGCAGAGAAGAGGGUUUAUUUUUGAUGAAUCCUACAAGGAUGUUGUGGUAUACAACAGGCCAAAUACCGAGAUUCUCGGAAUAGAUUUCAGCCUUGAGAAUGUUGUGCAGAAGAUCAAGCAUGGGAAUAUAGUUUUUGAAGCCAUCGUCGGGAAGAGGUUCCUGAUUAUCCUUACAGCAGGGGUUGAGGAGGCAGAGCUAAAUGUAGGGCUGGAUGAGCAUAGUAGAAUUGAAUGCUGCUUGUCGCUCAUCCAGGCUGACAGUCUGUUCCUUGAUAAAAUGGACGACGAAGCAGGAGGGCUUUCCAGGGUCUUGUCGCACAAGAAGAAAAUAGGAGUUGACGAGGCUGCACUUGGUGGAUACGAUGCAAUCGUCUUCGUGCGGAGCCUUUCGGAAUCUGAAUCUGGGAAGAUACUUCUCAAGAGGAGCAUGGUUAUGGGAUUCUGGCAGGAUGUUAUAAAUGCGGGGAUCAUCCCAGUAUGCAUUGAAGAGCUCCAGAGGCUUGCACUUGAAAACAACUACAUGGUGUAUCCAUUUGACUAUCCGACAUGCAAGCCCUACAGAGAUUUUGAGCAGUCGUAUAUAGAGCCAGUAAAAAGGAAGUAUGAGAGAACGCCAAGGUCAAAGAAGAUGGAUCUUAACACAGAUCUGAUGUACAUAUACACUGAGGAUCGGGUUGUGUUCGCGGUCUUUGAACUUGAAAAAGGAUGUGCAGAAAGAUGUGCAUUUAUCCUUGAUGAAGACAACAGCAUUGUUGGACGUGUGAUUAGAGGGGGAUUCUGCUUUACGAGGGGAUUGUGCAGGGGGCUAUGCUAUAUGCUCUGCAAUGUCAAGGAGGAUGACGAGUUUUAUUCCAAAAAUCUCAAUUCUUCUUCCUUCAACCAGAUAAAAAUAACAAAGGUUUUUAGGUAG